UUAUGCACAAUACGCCGGUGCGCUGAGAGCUACAGCAGACAGUGGCUGCCGGGAUUUAAGGAAUCAGAUGUGUGUCUGUCCUUUUCAUCGCAGCCUCAAAGACACCGGAGUACUAUACAAGGCUGUCGUGACUUCUUGGAACCUGAAGGACCACAGGGGUGAUUUAGAAGUUUAUCUUACCAGUCAACCCACCCGGUAGCACGCUGUGGCCCCUCGUGCUCUACGGUGUCAAGCUCCCUUUGAGUGAGGACUCCUUGCACCUUCCCACCCUGUGGUGCCCUGUCUCUGUGAAAAGUGCAGGCCUCACCCUCCUGUAUAAUGACUGUGGCCACGGGCGACCCCUCCGACGAGGCGGCAGCACACCCUGGUCUUCCUCAGGACUAUGACCCUGGAAUGGAGCAGGAGUGCUGUGAGCGAGUGGUCAUCAACAUCUCGGGUCUACGUUUUGAGACGCAGCUCAAAACCCUCUCACAGUUCCCCGAAACACUGCUCGGGGACCCCAAGAAACGCAUGAGGUACUUUGACCCACUAAGGAACGAGUAUUUUUUUGACAGAAACCGUCCCAGCUUUGACGCCAUCCUCUAUUACUAUCAAUCGGGUGGAAGGUUGCGGCGCCCCGUCAAUGUCACUUUGGACGUUUUCUCAGAGGAGAUCCGCUUUUACGAGCUCGGAGAUGAAGCAAUUGAGAUGUUUCGGGAGGACGAGGGUUUUAUCAAGGAGGAGGAGAGACCUUUGCCUGACAAUGAGUUUCAGAAGCAGGUCUGGUUGCUGUUUGAAUAUCCAGAAAGUUCUGGGCCAGCCAGGAUUAUAGCCAUCAUAUCAGUCAUGGUCAUCCUCAUCUCCAUUGUCAGCUUCUGCCUGGAAACCUUGCCGAUCUUCCGCAGUGAUGAGGAUGAGAUGCAAAAAAAAGUCCCAGCUGCUUUGGGCAACUCCACAACCCCUUACACAUCCACCUACUUCACAGACCCUUUCUUCAUUCUAGAGACGCUAUGCAUCAUCUGGUUCACCUUCGAGUUCUUGGUGCGCUUCUUUGCCUGCCCUAGUAAAGCCAGCUUCUUUGUGAACAUAAUGAACAUGAUUGAUGUGGUGGCCAUUAUUCCGUACUUCAUUACACUGGGCACUGAAUUGGCGGAGACAGCAGAGGAUGGGCAGCAGGGGCAGCAAGCCAUGUCUCUCGCAAUUCUGAGGGUCAUUCGACUUGUACGGGUCUUCCGAAUCUUCAAACUCUCCCGCCACUCGAAGGGACUUCAGAUUCUUGGCCAGACCCUCAAAGCCAGCAUGAGAGAAUUAGGUCUACUCAUCUUCUUCCUCUUCAUUGGAGUCAUCCUCUUUUCCAGCGCCGUCUUCUUCGCUGAAGCAGACGAGCCUGAGUCGCAGUUCUACAGCAUCCCGGAUGCCUUCUGGUGGGCUGUGGUUUCAAUGACGACCGUUGGCUAUGGAGAUAUGGUGCCUACCACAAUUGGAGGAAAGAUUGUCGGAUCCCUCUGUGCCAUCGCUGGCGUCUUGACCAUCGCCCUUCCAGUGCCCGUCAUCGUCUCCAACUUCAACUACUUUUACCAUCGAGAAACAGAAGGCGAGGAGCAGGCGCAGUAUCUCCAAGUUAACGUCCCUAAAGCCGAUUCACAAGAAGAGCUGAAGGGAAGUCGAAGUGGAUCCACCAUCAGCAAGUCGGACUACAUGGAAAUCGAAGAAGGGGUCAACAACAGCAACGAGGACUUUCAGGAAGAGAACCUCAAGACAGCCAAUUGCACUUUAGCUAAUACAAAUUAUGUUAAUAUCAAAAAAAUGCUGACAGAUGUCUAGUAAUUCAAGGAGCAGGUACGAAUUGAAUUAUAAAAGGUAAAUAGUAAGCCAUGUUCGAAAGAAGGAUUGUGAGGUUGAAUGCCUCAGUUAUUGUCCAACCCUACGUCCAGGUCCGUCCAUAAUCACAGUAUUCAUCAGUGUUUGCAUGGAGUCAUCUACUGUAUACCUUAUCCGGAUCAGGAGCCAAGUAUUUAUAUGGAACUGUGGAACACAAAUAAACAGCACAUGAGUGUCACUAUAUUUCCAUAAACAUCUUACUCUCAAAGCCAAGCUUUGCCAAAGAAACGUCAUUUGUGUGCUUCAUCUGCUGUUAAAAAAAGGUUUGCGGUCACAUUCAGUACAUUUAUACAAUGCAAAGAAUAUUCACAGAAGUUUCGUCCACUCUCCUGCUGCUGGUUAAAGAACACAAAUAUUCACAUCGAUUCAAGAGAGUUGUCUGUCAUUUUAGCGAUACUGUAGUGAUCAGGCUGAAAACUGCCUGAUUUUGAGUCGAUUGCUGUGUGUGGACCCAAAAUACGUAUGUAUGGAUGGACAACACUUAUCUACUCCUUCACGAUUAUCCUGCUGCAAAGCUUUUGAAGACAAGAUGAAUGUCUCUACAUCUCAUGUUUUAUGUUAUUUAUAGUCUACGCUGUCUGUGUCCACUAUCCUUCAGUGGCUUUUCUUUUAUCAUUUCAUAUCAGUUUUUUACAGUGUCUCCAGGAUAAGGAGCAUACAAAACACGUUAAAUGGAAAAAUAAGCAAAAUAACACCCUAGUGCCACAGAAAAAAAAAAAUGCUUGAUGUAUUUUGUGUAAGAGCAUACUGUUCAGUGUAUAUUCCCAUUGUUUCUGCUGCAAGCUGCAGAGAUAGUUCAAAAUGUAGUUGAUAUUCAAAUUACUUUGUCACUUAAUGAGCCAUAUUGUAGUUCACACUUAAAUGCCCCUAGCAAAUUUGUAGCAAUGAUGUCAGAUUAUUUUGAAUCACUGACUUGUCUAUCAUCCUGAAAUCAUUUUCAGAUGUUAGAAAAGCGUUGAUAGAGCUUGUUAGACAUUUUGUCUUUUUUACUGCCUUUGAUCGAGAAAAACACUGGUAUUAUAGUAUUGCAUGGCCUCAAAACCUAUCCUAAUGGCAUGGAUUUUAAGCUCAAGAGUUACUGAUAUAAAGAAACAAGUUAGCUAGAAUAUUAUAAAAAGAUAUGUAUCUUGCUCUGUAUAUAUACACACAUCAAUUUUUAUCUGCAAAAUUCUAUUGUGAUCCAAAGGUGCUGUUUUCAGUUGAUAUGCAUUUGAAAGAGUGAAAAGACACUCUGCAAUACAUUUGGAUGGACAGUGCAGCAUUAGGGCAUUGAUUGCUGGGACUCUGAUUGUCUUAGCUUCAGGUGACCUUGAAAUCUAGACUUACAGGCUUACUUGCUUCUGUGUAAGAGACUAUAUAAUGCCAAACAACAAUGAAUCAACAGAAGGACACUAAGGAAGUCAAUAUUGGCUGAUUUUGAUUGCAAAUGCUUAGGCUCCAACCACAUUUGUUGCAUCCUUUCCUUAAAAGUAUAGCCAUUAUCAAGGCAGUAAAUCUCAUUGUUUUCCUUCUAUUGACUUUUUAGAUUCAAAAUCCUGAGACAAAUCCUGUUUCAGUGCAUUGAUGAUUAUUUGAUGUGAAUGUGUACCAUAAGAAGGUUUCUCGCCCACAUCUAUUCCAGUAUCUCACCUAGGCUGCAGGUGCCUUUGUCUUCGUCUCUCUAAUAUUUUUUAUGCAACUUUAUGUGCUGAUGCUGCUAAAUUAGAAGCAGAUACUGCUUUCACAGCUGCUGCUAAUUAUGCUUUCUUUUUUAAUUCAGAAUAUAGACAUCACUGUAACACGCACAAUUCCUGUAGGUUUAACAAACCUGUAUAAUCCUGAAUGUUAAACCGAUCUAUCCAAACUGACGCCCCAUAGUGCAUAGUCAGUGCAUAAGAAAUGUACUAAACUUAUGUUUGGAUGCUUUAAAGCUGAAUUGUGUCUUUCUUUAUGUAAAAAAAAAAAGUUCUGUCAGUAAUCCAUUUGUGGGAAUGACACACUUCAUCUCUAGUGCAGACAAACAGCAGGUUUUCUAUGCAUGACAUUGGACAGUACGCUGUUGGUAAAUCACAUGAACCAUCCUAAUCCACAUACAUAAGCAUUGUCACUGCAACUUUAUAUUUAAUAUGUAAUAACAUAUGUUAUGCUUUUGGUGCUAGACCUGGCAGUGUUAAAUGUCAGGGCUACAACAGUACCUCUAUAAAGCCUUCUUUUUUUCCCUCAUUGGACAGGAAUGUCUGUGAAACCGAAAAAACACAGUCUUUGCUUUGCUUGCAGGUGCACCAGUUUCUCAUAUCAAGUUUGGAUUGUGUGUUGAUUUUCUAAAUGUAAUUUGAAAUGCAAAAUGAUAGCACUGAAUGUCACAAAAUCAUAUUUGUUAUCAUGUCAGAAGGAUGUGAAUCAAUUUAUGCAAUCUUUUUUUUUUUUUUUUCGUCUUCACAAAAGGUUUUGUUCAAAAAAUGACGGGGAGAGAAAAAGCUUACAGGCCAAAUUCAAUUAAAACCAUGUAACUAUGAAGUCUCCGUCCAGUAAAUCUAUAAUUCAAUUAUUAAUUAAAUUGAAAUUAUCACAGAUUUAGAGCAGUGAUAUUUUUAAAUUAAAUUAAAUUUUACAUUUAAAUUAAACUACUACUUUUUCUCAUACUCAUUGAGGGACAAUGUAGGCAAACACUUGAUUUUAUCUAAAAAAAAAAGUAGGUGUUCUAAACCAGAAAAGAUCCAAAACAGAUUGCAAGUUUGCUAAAACAAAAUAGCUAUUUAGUUAUUGGUUAAUAAUGUUACCCAAUAGUCAAACAGCUAGAAAAGCAACAUAAUUUCAAUAUUUGUUUCUUUGACAAAUCAUAAAACCAUUAAUUCAAGAAUAUUAUUAAAUAUUUCAGAUUUCAUGUUGAAUUAAAGGCUAACCAUACUGUUGUGAGAUUCUGAUAUAGGUUUAAAAUACAGUGAAGUUGCAAGAACUGUUGUAUUAUGCUUUGAUUGCCAUUGGCCUUGAGGACAUAAGUAGGCUGUUGUGUUUGAGAUGAGCCCUGUAUCUAUCCAUCCCAUGUUGUUAAGCCUGCAAAGAAAGAAAGAAAGAAAGUCUCUCCUAUUGCUUAGUUAUGCAAUACAGUGUUAUAUAUAUAUAUAUGUGUGUGUGUGUGUGUGUGUGUGUGUGUGUGUUUGGGCAUGUGUGUAUAUCCAUAAAGCACUUCAGACCCUUUAGCCUGUGCUCAACAGCCAGACUGAGGGAUGUCUAGACUUAUACAAACACUUCAAUUGGCAGAGAGUCUAUUUCAGCCCAUUCUGGCUGUAAAGGACAAGCCUCAAGACACUGAACGUUUUACACUCCUGUUAGUGUGAUCCAGUAAUAUUCACUCUUAAAUGCAGCCAUGUUUUUUAGGAUGUAACCGCUGGAAAACAGAAUAUCUUCAGUGUCACUGGAUGUAAAAGAAAAAAAAGCACUUUACAAGCACCACCAGUGGACAAUCUAUGGACAGAGACAUGCAUAUAUCCUUUCCAAAUGAUCAAUACUGCAAAUACAACAAAGAUGAUAUAUGAAACCUGAAAGCUGUGUUGUUUGUUCCUUUCAUUGUUGUCGUGCAUUGUCUAAAUGUCAUAGAGAUGCUCAGAGCUAGUAUUUGGAAGAUAAUUUUAGAAAAGGACCUAAUGACGGCAUAGCGCGUUUUCAGAACACCGGGAGCUUUUUGAUGUCGAUAUUAUUAGCUCAUCCAGAGGAAAAGGUUGGUAGCUUCAAUCCAUUCAGGGAGAGGUGCCUGUUAGCAUCUUUGAUUUUACCCUGCUUUAAGUGCUCAGCAUAUAGUCCUCUGCACUUUCCACGGAGAGGAGACUGUGCUAAAAAUAGCCAUUUCUUUGGGAGCAAAAUAAAUGGGGAACUGUAUGCUUCUCUGAGAGGAGGAUAUAGACGAGGCUGGUGCAGAAAGACAGUCAAUGUAUAUCGGCAUAAGCUCUGGAGAGUUAGAAGUGUGUGAAGUGAGAAAGAGAGAAUUUGAGUUUGUGUGUGUGUGUGUGUGUGUGUGUGUGUGUGUGUCUGAGUGACAAUAGGAGGAGGACAGAAUGUUCAGAAGAGAC